AUGGAGCCCAACGGGACGGCGGCGGCGGGGGACAACGGGACGGCGGCGGCGAGCGGCGGGGGUGCCCCCGGGGGCGGCCCACUGCUCAUCCCCUCGGCCUUCGGGACGGUGCUGUCGGUGAUGUACGUGGCCGGGGUGGCCGGCAAUAUCUACACGCUGGUGGUGAUGUGCCACUCGGCGCGCUGCGCCGCCCCCAUGUACAGCUCCAUCGUCAGCCUGGCCCUGGCCGACCUGCUCUACCUCUCCACCAUCCCCUUCAUCGUCUGCACCUACCUGGCUCAGGACUGGUACUUCGGGGACCUGGGGUGCCGCAUCCUGCUCAGCCUGGACCUGCUCACCAUGCACGCCAGCAUCUUCACCCUCACCCUCAUGUGCACCGAGCGCUACCUGGCCGUCACCCGGCCCCUGGACACCCUGAAGCGCUCGCGGGGCUAUAGGAAGGUCACUGCGGGGGCUGUCUGGUCGGUGUCGCUGCUGCUCACGCUGCCCAUGAUGCUGAUGGUCACGCUGACCGAGGGGGGAAAGGCGGAGGGCAAGGUGAAGAGGAUGUGUGCGCCCACCUGGAGCGUGGAUGCCUACCGGACCUACCUGACCGUGCUCUUCAGCACCAGCAUCAUGGCCCCGGGCAUCAUCAUCGGCUUCCUCUACACGCGCCUGGCCAGGACCUACCUGGAGUCGCAGAGGAACCCCCCCCACAAGGAGAAGGGCAAGAGAUCCCCCCGGCAGAAGGUCCUCAUCAUGAUUUUCAGCAUCGUGCUGGUCUUCUGGGCCUGUUUCUUGCCCUUUUGGAUCUGGCAGCUGGUGCGCCUCUACAGCAGCUCCCUGCAGCUCACCACCCAAACCCAGAAGUGCAUUAACUACCUGGUGACCUGCCUGACCUACAGCAACAGCUGCAUCAACCCCUUCCUCUACACCCUGCUCACCAAAAACUACCGGGAGUACCUGCGCAACAGGCACCGCAACUUCUACAGGUUCACGUCGUCCUUCCGCAAGAGGGGCUCCAACCUGCAGUGCUCCUGGGGCCGCUCCAUGUCCUCCAGCAACCAGUACGACUACAGCUCAGAGGCACUGGGCAUGGCCACGCUGAAGGACAAGUGA